GUUUUCCCAGGCUGGAAAGGGAAGUGACGCCUAGCAAGGGUUCCCGGAAGCGUCUUGCUCCUGUGUGCGAUACAGUGUUUUCACUUUUUGCAAGUGGAGGGGUGCUGCCGGAGAGAGAGGUUGCAGCCCCUCGUUUAAGGCCACCUGCCUGCCCCUCCAGUGACUCGCUGCAACCUGUGCGAUGCCUGAUAUGUGGCUGUCCUCUAGCUGAGCCUCUUCCCCACUGUGGGGAGAAGGGGCAGCGCUAUGCAAUGUUGCUGUGGCUGACGCCCUGAGAUGGCCAAAACAGGCACCGAUGAACCUCAGUUACCACUGGAAGAUGGGGACCCCACUUCACAGGUCAAGGACGAGUGGUCAGAGACUAGGCCGGAGUCUCAUAGCACCGUGAAAAUUGAGGUGGUUUGCACAGACGAUGGCGAGAGCUCAACACACAGUGCCGCCGAGGAGCCGGCCCGCAAGCGCAAGAAGGGCCCCGCCCCAAAGAUGUUGGGGGACGAGGUGUGCAGCGUCUGCGGGGACAAGGCAUCAGGGUUCCACUACAAUGUUCUGAGUUGCGAGGGCUGCAAGGGCUUCUUCCGGCGCAGUGUCAUCAAGGGGGCGCAAUACACCUGCAAGGGCAGCGGGCAGUGCCACAUGGACAUGUACAUGAGGCGGAAGUGCCAGGAGUGCCGCUUGAAAAAAUGCCACCAGGCGGGCAUGCGGGAGGAGUGUGUGCUGUCAGAAGAACAGAUCCGCAAGAAGAAGAUUCGUAAACAGCAGGAGGGAGAAGGGGCCUCAGGUGGGCAGGGAGGUGGAGGCGAGGUUCUUCGGGUGCCUCCUCUGCCCUGUGACCCUUCUCUGCCCCAGCCCGAACCAGCUCCUCUCACACCCCAGCAGGAGGGCAUGAUCAGACAGCUGGUGGCAGCGCAGCAGCAGUGCAACAAGAGGAGUUUCAGUGACCAGCCCAAAGUCACGCCCUGGCCUAUGGGCAGUGACCCCAACAGCCGGGAGGCACGCCAGCAACGCUUCGCCCACUUCACGGAGUUGGCCAUCAUCUCAGUGCAGGAGAUUGUGGACUUUGCCAAGCAGGUGCCUGGCUUCCUGCAGCUCUCCCGGGAGGACCAGAUUGCCCUGCUCAAGGCCUCCACCAUUGAGAUCAUGCUCUUGGAGACGGCGCGGCGCUAUAACCACGAGACGCAGUGCAUUACGUUUCUUAAGGAUUUCACCUACAGCAAGGAUGACUUUCAUCGUGCUGGUCUGCAAGUUGAGUUCAUCAACCCCAUCUUUGAGUUCUCCCGGGCCAUGCGGCAGCUGCAGCUGGAUGACGCCGAGUAUGCCCUCCUCAUUGCCAUCAACAUCUUCUCCGCCGACCGGCCCAACGUACAGGACCACGGUUUGGUGGAGGCACUGCAGCAACCCUACAUCGAGGCCCUCAGUUCUUACAUCCGUCUCCACCGCCCACAGGACCACCUGAUGUUCCCGCGCAUGCUGAUGAAGCUGGUGAGCCUACGGACCCUGAGCAGCGUACACUCGGAGCAGGUCUUUGCUUUGCGCCUUCAAGACAAGAAACUCCCACCACUUCUCUCCGAGAUCUGGGAUGUACACGAGUAGACUUCUUGUGGGGAGGGUGGGGGUGAGGGAGAGUGCAGGCCCUCCGCCUCAGACACCCCUCCCUUCAAGCCCCACAAGAGACUCUGUCCUGCUCGGGACUCCUUGAACCUCAGAAUGGACUUGGAACGGAUGGACUGUUGUCCGGCCAGAGGAACUGCGUGGAGGGGCUACUAAGCACUUUUCUCCCCCAUUUACUUAUAUUUCCUCCAGCAUUUGUCUCCCCACUUCUGUCUUUGGAGGGGGGGGGUUCAGUCGGAGUUGUUCUUUUGUGGGAAGUAGGAGGAAGAUGCAAAGGGACUUCUCCCCAAAGACUACUCCCUUCUGUUCAUGAAGAAUGCUAAACACGCACCCCCACCCCGCCGACAUGGGGCAUUCUAGGCUGACAACACCCACCUGGAAGAGGGGAAAGGGAGGGGAUGGCCGUUUGCCUGGCAUGGAGCAGGUGCCCAGAAAAAUAAACUGAAUCAUGACAAACCAAA